GGGGCAGUGCCACGCUGGGCUGUGGAGGCCACUGUGAGGUGAGGGCUGGCUCUCGUGGGCCUGGGGUGGAGUGCGUCUGGAGGGCCUGAGCAGAGGGGUGACAUAACUGAGGUCACUCGUGGGACCCCAAAGAGCCUCUGCUUAUGCAUGCUUUGUCUGUAGAUAUUUGCCAUAUCAGAGCUUAACACUAAAACACUUUAAAUAGAUACGUAGCUAUUCAUUAAAGGUAACAAUAAUAAAUCCAUUACAUGUUAACUUUUUUUUAUGAAAAAGAAACUAUCUUUUCCAAAGCAGAACAAAUUUAGUGAGAAGAAUGGCACUGUUGUACAUGUUUGAAAAUCUUCAAGGUCUGGAUAAAUAGAAGAUGUUUGGGUCCCAUACCUGGCUCUGUCUCCAGUCCAUUGCAAUAUUCACAUCACGUAGCCUCUGGAGGGCUUCCUUAUAUACCUGUGAGAAAAUGGGUGUAAAAAAGGCAAAUGAUGUCUCAGUAUUAUUAUGAAAAUAGUUUUGACUUUGUGGACCCCCAGAGUUCCCCAGACCACACUUUGAACACAGGUGAUUUAACCAAUAUUGGGUGAGUACCUACUGUGUGCCGAGCAUUGUUCCCGGUGAGGGGAAAGCACAGAGCACAAAGAAUUGUUGGGUUUUCAAGGCAUUACUUUGGCCACUUUGUGGAGAAUGGACCACAGUGGGGUCCGUGGAGUUGGGGUCAUGCCAGGGGAAUAUCCCAGCAGUGGCCUUGACUCAGCUGGUGGCUGGGGCAGGGGGGUGUGGGGUUGGAUUCUGGAUAUUUUUGACGGCACAUCCUACAGGAUUUGAUAAUGGGUUGGGUGAUGGGGUAGGAGAAAGACAGGGGCUUUCACCCUGGUCCCCUGGAAGGACUGAGAUGCUGUUUACUUACUGAGAAAGGAAAGGCUGGGAGCCUUUGAGAAAGGAGCCAGUUUGAGGGGAGGGAGGCAGGCAUUCAGCUUUGUUUGUUUGUUUUUGUUUUUAAAUUUAUUAUUUAUUUAUUUUUGGCUGCGUUGGGUCUUCAUUGCUGCACACGGACUUUCUCUAGUUGCGGCGCGCGGGCUUUCUCUAGUUGCGGCGAGCGGGGGCUGCUCUUCGUUGCAGUGCGCGGGCUUCUCAUUGCGGUGGUUUCUCUUGUUGCAGAGCACGGGCUCUAGGCGUGCACGCUUCAGUAGUUGUGGCUCGCGGGCUCUAGAGCGCAGGCUCAGUAGUUGUGGCGCACGGGCUUAGUUGCUCAGCAGCGUGUGGGAUCUUCCCGGACCAGGGCUUGAACCCGUGUCUCCUGCCUUGGCAGGCAAAUUCUUAACCACUGCACCACCAGGGACGCCCCCGGACAUCCAGCUUUGAAUGUGUGUAGUUUCAGAUGCCUGUUGGACAUCCAGGUAGGGUGAGUGGCGUCCAGAACAAGGUCUGGGUUGGCAUUUUGGGCGUAUGUUGAUGUACAAGUUGUGGACAUCACCUUCUUUUUUCUUGGGUAAACACCGUUUACCCUAAACACCUAGGAGCAGAACGGCAGGGUCAGAUGGGAGGUGUAAGUUUGACUUCCUAAGGAACUGCUGUGCUAUCUCCAAAGUGCUUGUACCAGUUUCUGUUUCCACUGAUGUGAAUGAGAGUUUCGUUUUCUCCACAUCCUCCUGACCACUUGGACUGGCCAGUCUCUUCAUUUUAGCCGUUCCAAUAGGUACAUCAGGGUGGUGAGGUAGCCCCCCGAAUCCUUGUGUAGAAGGGUCUCCAAGACUUAUCGAUAAGUGGAAAGGGAAGUUUUUGCAAACCAGUUUGUAAAUUAUGAAACCCAUUUUUGAAAAGGAAAAAGAAAACCCUGUGAAAUGCUUAUAUGAAGGUCUACAGGCUCUGGGGGCUACACGCCACAUGGGCCACCCGAUUGUCCUGGGAAGGGCAGUGGGGCAUGGGCAGGGGACCUGCUGCUGUGGGAUCAGCCCAGCAUCCCCUCAGAGGGGGCUUCUUAGCAGAAUCCUGGAAGAAGAGUGGGCCGUGAGCUGGUGGACGGGCUUUGAGUGGCACUCAGGAGGAGCCAACAGUGGAUCAGGCCGGGGUCCUGCCAAACUGACUGACAUUUACUGCAGUCUUUUAAAGUAUCACUGGUUGAAAGGACUGGGUUUCCUAGACACCCCAGACCUUCAUUGCUUGUAAUUAGAACCUACGCAAUAGUCUUAAGGAGCGUGUGGAUUACUUUGUAUAUUUAUUUUUACCACAUCUUUUUACAUUUCUGUUUUUACGUAUGUUUCAUUAUUUAUUUGUUUAUUUUAGUGGUACCUGCUCAGAAAAGUUUUUUUGUAAAUAGGACUGAAUAGUCAAAAAAGUUUGGAGUCUACUGGUCUACAGACUCAAAAUGGCUAUCAAAAUUUUCAGAAUUCCCACCCCAGAGCCUUUCUUUCUCUGCCGCAUGAAGUUUGGUUCCUGUUUUCCUGCUCUCCAGUGAAACUGGGAGUAGCUGGGCUCCUAGCAGCUGUUUGAAAGCAAACGUGUCCCUGAGGCGGUGACCUUUCUCAUUCCCUAGGGGACUGGCAGUAUGACAUUGGGCUUUGUGUCGAGGAGUCACAAGUUCUAUUUUUGCUUAUUUUUGUUGUUUUGCAGCGUGAUCUUAAGCAAAUUAUUCCAUCCUUUCAUUCUCCUGUCUUGACGGAUGGGAAGCAAGGCAGAUGGCCACAGCUUCCCCUCUCCCGUAGCAUCCGGUAGGAAGGCCAAGGAGAUUAUCAACGCAGCUCGGGAAAACCUUGCCAAGAUGAUGGGUGGGAGGCCUCAAGAUAUGAUCUUCACUUCCGGGGGCACAGAGUCAAAUAAUUUAGUAAUCCAUUCUGUGGUGAAACAUUUCCACAAAAUCCAUGCCGCAGUGGGGGACACGGCCGAGCGUCCCAGCCCAGUGGAGGGGGCCCUGCCUCAUAUCAUCACCUGCACCGUGGAACACGACUCCAUCCGCCUGCCCCUGGAGCACCUGGUGGAAGAACAAGUGGCCGAGGUCACCUUUGUCCCCGUGUCCAAGGUGAAUGGGCAGGUGGAGGCUGAGGACAUCCUGGCGGCCGUCCGCCCGGCCACGUGCCUCGUGACCAUCAUGCUGGCCAAUAACGAGACAGGCGUCAUCAUGCCGGUACCUGAGAUCAGCCGGCGAGUCCGAGCCCUGAACCAGCAGCGGGCGGCGGGCGGGCUGCCGGGGGUGCUCGUGCACACGGACGCCGCCCAGGCCUUGGGGAAGCGGCGCGUGGACGUGCGGGACCUGGGCGUGGACUUCCUGACCGUCGUGGGCCACAAGUUUUAUGGCCCCAGGAUUGGAGCACUUUAUGUCCGAGGGCUUGGUGAACUCACCCCUCUGUACCCUAUGCUGUUUGGAGGUGGACAAGAACGGAAUUUCAGGCCAGGGACAGAGAACACCCCGAUGAUUGCCGGCCUUGGGAAGGCGGCUGAGCUGGUGGCAGAGAAGUGCGAGGCCUACGAAGCCCACAUGCGGGCUGUGCGCGACUACCUGGAGGAGAGGCUGGCGGCUGAGUUUGGUGAGCGAGUCCAUCUGAACAGCCAGUUUCCAGGCACUGAGCGACUCCCCAACACCUGUAACUUCUCCAUCCAGGGACCCCGGCUGCAAGGCCACUUGGUGCUGGCCCAGUGCAGGACGCUGCUGGCCAGCCUGGGGGCUGCGUGCCACUCGGACCACGGAGACCGGCCAUCCCCGGUGCUGCUGAGCUGCGGUGUCCCCUUGGACCUGGCCAGGAACGCCAUCCGGCUCAGUGUGGGCCGCGGCACCACCCGGGCCGAAGUGGACCUCGUCGUGCAGGACCUGAAGCAGGCGGUGGCCCGGCUGGAGGGCCAGGCCUAGUGCCCAGGGCAGUGCCAGAAGGAGUCUUCCUCUUGUCCCAGAGCGUGUGGGCUCCGGGCUCCCUCCCGUCCCUUGGUCAGUGAGGGAGCGGGUCUGCUGGGCCCACAGACGCCACCGGUGCUGAGGGGCCCAGGACAAGAUGCCCUCGUGGGACCGUCCCUGUCACUGCUGCCCAGUGGCACCAGUUGGAUUAGAAACUCUUUAGCCGCGUCCACCCUCCCCUCUGGGAAGCGGGGCGGGCUUGUUGUAAGCAUGCCCUUCCUGGAAGGUGGCAUUUUUAUCCGAAAGGUAAAAUCCUAGUAUUUAUAAUUGAUUGUCAGCUGCUCUCAUGGAAAUAGGAGACCUGGUUUUUGGCUGCUCUCCUGGCCUCUGUGCACCUGUUGGCUGAGAGGUCGGUCCCUCCUCACCCUCAUGGCCCUUCUCAAGCCCUUUCCAGAGGGUGGGGGCCCCUGUGGUCAGGCCCCUCCCCGCUGGGCGUCCCCCCGCUUCCGGGCCCGCCCAUCCUCCUGAUCACUUGCUGGUCACUCGGGCCAUCGACCACUGGGCGCCCUCUCUCCCAGUCCGCAGGCCCCUCCCGUCCCUUCCAUUCGAUCAUUUGCUCAGGGUUUCAGCUCAGCCUUCAGAGUCACGGGCGGCAGCGCCUGCGUGAUGCUGGCUCAUUCCCAAGGCGGAAAAUCGUUCAUCCCUCGCUCAGCUCCCAUCUCAGUUGUAUUUGCGGGAGGAUUCUUUGAUCUUCACAGUGGCAUUGUGGUGUCUGAUUCACAUCAAAUGUCAUGUCUAUGGAGACAUUUACAUAGGAGUGGGUUUUUUUAAUUGAAUAACACUUGUAAUGUGCGGUUGAAAGGUGCAAGGAACUUCGUGAUGGCUCUGAGGAAAACCGUCAGAAAUUAGAUGAACUAAUAAAAGCUUCCAAUGCUU